CCAAAUUCGCUGUCUGAGUGAAUGGGAAAGAUUGUUUGCUGUUUAAUGUUGGAAGUGCGCGUGGUGUGUGAGGAAAGAAAAAGAUGGCAGCCAGUCCAGAAACAAAUAAGUCUCUGAGAGAAGCCCUGUAUGAUACACUUAUGGGGAUACUUUCACCACACCAAGAAGUAAGAACUGCUGCGGAAGACAGGAUACAAGCCCUAGAAGUAACAGAAGAGUUUGGUGUUCACCUCACUGAAUUUAUUGUGGAAAAGAACCUUAAUAUAGCUAUAAGGCAGCUUUCUUCGGUAUUGCUCAAACAAUAUGUUGAAGAACAUUGGUGUCAUUUAUCAGAAAAAUUUCGUUGUCCAGAAACUCCAGAGAAAGCAAAAGCUGUUAUUAGACAUGCACUUCCUGAAGGCCUUAAGGAGCCUUGCAGCAAGGUUCAUGGUGCUGUUGCAUAUGCUGUAGCUGCCAUAGCACAGUGGGACUGGCCAGAGAAGUGGCCAGAACUUUUUGAGUUGCUCAUAAGUUAUUUGUCAGGAGAUGAUUGGGCAGUACAUGGUGCUAUGAAAGUGCUAAAUGAAUUUGCAAAUGACCUGUCAGAUAGCCAAUUACCCCAAAUUGCUCCUAUAAUGUUGUCUGAAAUGUACCGCAUUUUUUCAGAUGAACAGAGGUACAACACUAGAACCAGGUCAAGAGCAGUUCGCAUAUUUUCAAACUGCACGUACAUGAUAUGUGCCACAUCAGAAUAUCAUAAAGGAUUGUCAAAAUCACUUUUACAGCCUGUACUACCACUCUAUAUCAACAAAUUCACAGAAACCCUCCAGACCGACUACGGGCCUUUUGUAGAUCCCGGACUGAAAGCAGAUGUAAUUAAAGCAAUUACCUUCCUUGUGCAGCAUCUGCCUAAGCAGAUGGCUCCUUGUAUGCCACAGAUUCUUCCUCCCAUAUGGCAGACACUCAUUCAGGCUGCUGAUGUGUAUAAAAGUGAUUACGUCACCUGUUCGGAUUUCAAGGAAGAACCAGUUGACUCUGAUGGAGAAUGCAUAGGAUUUGAUGCAGUUAUAUUUUCCACAUUUGAGCUAAUUGAUAUGCUCACUGAUAUUUCGAUGUUCACUGACACUGUAAAGGCAGCUCUUGCAGAUUUAAUUUACUAUUUAAUACUCUUUACACAAAUAACUGAUGAGCAGGCAAAGAGAUGGACUGAAAAGCCAGAGCGAUAUAUCGAUGAAGAGGAUGAGCACACUUACACAUUCUCUGUUCGGAUAUUAGCUAAGGAUCUGCUACGGUCAAUAUUUGAAGAAUUUGAAGCCAAAAGUAUUGGAGCACUGAGUCAUGCUAUGACCAAACAUUUACAAGCAUUGGAGACUGAAAGAAAUACGGACAGUUCCAGCUGGUGGAAAAGCCAUGAGGCUUGCAUGUGUGCAUUGGAAGUAGCUCAUGAAACGGUCAUGGAGCAACUGGAACAUGGUGAAGAGUUGCAUUUUGACUUCAGUGGGUUCUUACAAAACGUUGUUGUUGCUGAUAUGAAUCAAACUGGUUCUCCAUACCUGCUGGGGCGGUGCCUGUGUGUUGGAAGUUCGUAUGCCAAAUUGAUGUCACCAACUCUGCUUGAGCAGUUCUUACAAGCUACUGUCAGUGGUUUACAGGCUAACCAGGCACAUCAAAUAAGAAUAUCUGCUGUCAGGGCAGUAUACGGGUUCUGCACACAUCUGAAGAAUUCUCAGAAUAUUAAUUGUCUUAAAGCAGUCUUGCCUGCAGUUAUGGAUGGGCUUUUGGUAAUGGUGAACCAGUAUACAACUGAAUUCCUGUGUUUGGUAUUGGAAACAAUUUCAACAGUUCUCUCAAUUGAUCCAGCGUUUACUGUGUCAUGUUGUGGAAAAAUUAUUUCACUGGCUAUAGCAGUUUUCCUGAAAUACAAUUCUGAUCAUUCAAUAGUUAAUGUGGCUUUAGAUAUAUUCAGGGAACUUUCAAUGAGUCCAGAUAGCUUGGUGAAAUUGGAACAAAGAUUUGUGCCUACAUUAGUCAGCAUUUUGAAUGCACCACAGGAGAAGGUAGUUGCAGGACUUGCAGCAAAUGCUUUGGAUGCAUUGCAGACUAUUGUAAGGAACUCAAAGCCACCAUUAAGUGAUGCAUUAAUAAACACAGCUUUUCCUGCUGCUGCACAGUGCAUCUUAAAAACCAGUGAUCAUUCAAUAAUGCAGAAUGGAGGAGAAUGUUUGAGGGCAUAUGUAUCUGUCUCUCCUGAUCAAGUCUUCAAUUACCAAGAUGCGGAUGGGCAAACUGGAUUGGGUUACCUUCUACAGACAGCAGCUGUUUUGUUGAAUCCCGCUUCUACAGAGUUCACAGCAACAUCUGUUGGAAAGUUUGUUGUGACUCUAAUAUCAAAAGCAGGAAAUAUUCUGGGUGAAAACCUAGAUUUGAUUUUGAAGGCUGUCCUAAGUAAAAUGCAGAGAGCAGAAUCAAUAACAGUUAUACAGAGCCUUAUUAUGGUAUAUGCACAACUCAUCCAUCAUCAGUUGGAACCAGUGUUAAAUUUUUUAUCAUCUGUUCCUGGCCCAACUGGACAAUCUGCAUUACAUUAUGUGCUGGAAGAAUGGAGUUACCGCCACAGUUACUUCUGUGGGGACUAUGAGGUGAAAGUGAGUGCACUAGCCCUUUGCAAAAUCUUGGAAUAUGGAGUUUCCCACAAUGACGAUCGGCUUAACUCUAUAAUUGUGAAAGGCGAUCAGAUAUAUGUACAAAAUGAUUCGGGUGGUGUUAAAACAAGGUCACAAGCGCAGAACAAUUUCAACGAAUGGACAUCUGUACCAUUGCUUGUAAAGAUUUUUAAGAUUUUGUUGAAUGAAGUGAGCAAUGUAAUGGAGAGCAAAGCUGCAAGGACAGAAAUUGAUGAUGAGACGGAUGAAGAAUGGGAAGAUGACAGUGGAUUCGAGCAAGGAGGCAGUGAAGACAAACAGUCUCAAUCAUUUGAGGAUUCUUCUCCGGAUGGACCAGAAGAUUCAGAUUGUGAUGAUCCUGAUAUACUGAAUGACCCACUAUAUCGUGUGGAUUUAACAAGACAUCUCACAGGCAUCUUAAUUUCCCUUGGACAUCAACCUUACUUCCAUGUAUUUUCACAGCACCUGAAUGAAAAUGAGCUAAAAAUUCUGAAGAGUGUCAGUACAUCGCCUUAAUAUACCACAGUCACAGUAGAAAUGUGCAUUAUUUUGCAUAUAUUGAGUGCCUCGGAGUUGCUAGUAUAUUACUAGUCACUUGCAUUAUCUGACAUAAUUGGAAAACAUUUUUGAAAUGAAUUUAAUCUUUUGUAAAACAUUUGUAUAAGUAGUGUUUUGUAUAAGUUUUUAUGACAAUUGUAUUUGUCUGUUGUUAAGGUGAAAAUGUGGAUUUUUGUAUGAUUGCAUGCUGGUUGUUAAGGCACUGGUGAGUUCUUUAAAUUGUAAAUUAUGUCUAAGGCAAGCAAUGCUGCAUAUUGAAUGUUGGAUUAAAUGGAGACUGCUUCGAAGUAAUAAAUAAUUGCUAGUGUAGGACUGGUGCCUUGAAUAGGGUGUUGUCCUGACAUCAAAAGUGAUAAUAUUGAGGCCUUUUCAUCUGUUAUGUGAAAACUACAGUAUUAAAUCAACUUGAAAGAUGCUGCAGUUAUCAAUCACUUGACAUGUUAAUGUAACCAUCACAACUUUAGUUUUGUAUGGUUGUUCUAAAUGCCUCAAUCUCUGUACUGGGGUGGUUCCUGAACACAAGGCUGAAUUGACUUUGUGUAACUGUUCUUAGGUGUAAUUAUUUCAUUGUUGACAAUACCUUAACAUACCGUAUUUACUCGAAUCUAAGCCGCACCUGAAAAAUGAGACUCGAAAUAAAGGAAAAAAAUAUUUCCCAAAUCUAAGCCGCACCCGAAAUUUGAGACUCGAAAUUCAAGGGGAGAGAAAAGUUUUAGGCCGCACCUCCAAAUCUAAACAAAGUUGGUCCAUUGUAAUAUGAGACACAAUUUAGGUCGAAUGAAAGACGAUACAGCUACAGUAGUUUGGUUCGAGGCGUAAGCUUAGCAGUUAAGCUUUACCAGGUAGCCAUUGCUAUUCGUCAGGCACUCCGUCCGUAUUUAUACGGGUACCCUUCCUUUUUCACGUGCUUCGUCUGGUUUGAAUCGAUUGCUUAUUUUGCUUUGAUCUGAUAAGUGCCUUUUUUUUUUUUUUUUUUUUUAAAUAGGUGUUUACGUCACUCUAAGCUGAAAAUGCAUUACUGUACUGUCAUGCAUUGUUUGUUGCAUUCUGAUAGUGCGUGUGUACGGCCUGUCGCCGCUCGCGGCAUGACUUGCUUUUGUGUGUACUACCGCCGCUUAAAAAAAAAAGAGGAAUCGUCUCCUUAGCGAAACAAUGGCAAGAGACUGCUAUUUGUUGUAACUUACACUGCUGCUUUCUUUGAUAAUGAUCAACAAGAACCAAAUAAUAAACUGCGUAUGAUAGAACAUGUUCUGAACGAGAGUUAGGCGCAAUUUUUUCUCCGUUUGAAAUUCUUUGCGGCCGCUUCUUUAGUACAUCAAAUUCUGCACAGAAAUUAGUCAUCUUACAUUUAAAAUCUAGUCAGUUGCCGUGCUUCAUUUCUGACUAUAUCACUAUUAGGCAUAAGAAUAAUACGAAUAUAAACAUGACACGAUACGUAUAUUCUUCCGCAUUUGCUGUUGUCUCACUCUAGUUUCGUAGUUUAUUAGGCAGACAGGAUUUAAAUGAGAUAGCAGCAAACACGAAAGAAUACAUGGCAAAAUGUUUAUAUUCGUAUUAUUCUUAUGGUGAAGAGAAUACUGCAUGUGAUUCACAUUUCAUCAGAUUCCUAUUAGCAACCAUCUCUUCUCACAGGCAGGAAAAAACUCGGAACAUAGAGUUGGCCAUAUUGACAAACACCCCUAACAGUCUUGCCAGUCGGAUUUUCGUAGUACAUUGAAAUUCUGCUACAUUCGAAGCUGAACGAUACGGAAUUUGUAUUUACUUCGUUGGAUAAUGUAUGAAAAUACAGUGGUCGAAACUCGGGGCGGAGGAAAAAAAAAAGGUUUUGGUGCCCACAAAGCAUGCUAGUGUAGCGCUACAUAUAUUCAAUGGCAGAAGUUAGUUGUGGCGGCACCUACCAACAUUUUUCAGAACUUCCGCUUGCUUUCCACUCGAUUCUAAGCUGCAGUCGGUUUUUUGGAUUACAGAAACCGGAAAAAAAGUGCGGCUUAGAUUCGAGUAAAUACGGUAAGUGUGUGUGUGUGUGUGUGUGUGUGUGUGUGUGUGUGUGUGUGUGUGUGUGUGUUUUGCUUGUUUCUGUUUUUAUGAACUAAAUUUAUCCCAGUCUAUAGAAUCAAGUAGAAAGGAGAGAUUAAAUGUGUAAGAGUUCAGAAUAAAGUAGUGGAGGGAGGGAGUGGUUUUGUCUUCCCAGUUCAUAAAUGCUGAGCAUUUAUAAUUUACCUCAAUUUUAUGUCAUUACUUUCCUUCCUUUUUUUUUUUUGUAUCAUGUGCAUGAAAUCAUUACAAUUAGUGAAUGUACCAUGCAGUAAGCAGUUAAACAGUAUGUUCGUUAGAGCCUCUUAAUCUUACUGUAUAAUCUCCCUUUGGUUUGCAACAUCUGGAACGUUACAGGAAAUGUAAUCCUAUGGUUGGUUUUCAGGAUUUGCUUUUAUAUGCAAUUAAAGUGGUACCAGAUUUUAGGGUGACCAUUUUGUGUGGUAUCAGAACAGCCUCUUUUUGAUGCUGAAUGUUUACAAUCUGUAAAUUGUAAGAGGUAGUAAGCUUUAACAAAUGCAAUAGUGGAAUGACAUAAAAUUGUACAAUCUGAAGUUUACUAAUGUUAGUUUAAAAAUUGGUGAAAAUUUAAUCUUCAGCUCAUGCUGAAGGUAAGUUUAAGUGAAGCUAUUUAUAACCAAUAUUAGGACGUCAUCUUCUGCAAAGUUACAGAAUAAGCAAAAAUUUAAAAUAAAUCUCGACUCCUGUAUGCCACAUUUGGUGCUAAUCUUAAUAAUCUUGUGUCCUCAUUUUGUUUUGCAUGACUGAAUGUGGACUACUAUUAUAAAGUUCUGCUAUGAUUGGUCUGAUGUUUUCCCAUCUUUUCAGACUUCUUUAGAUCAUCCCAGAUGGGUGUGAUCAUCAUCAUGGCAGCUUACAAUAAUUAACACAUUUCCUGAUCGUUAUCAAAUGUGAGUGGUUGUACCACUUGUUGUCGUUGGCAGUGCACCAUAAACCAAAGAAAGGAAAACUUAUUUUUUAAAAAUAUUUGGUAACUUCUGCAUAAAAUUAAACAUUUCUUUGGCUCUGUAAGUGCCAGCCUACAAAUCCAAAGGUCUGGUGUUAGAUCCUAGAAUUUUUUCUGUUAUUUCAAAUGUUCAAAUGUGUGUGAAAUCUUAUGGGACUUAACUGCUAAGGUCAUCAGUCCCUAAGCUUACACACUACUUAACCUAAUUAUCCUAAGAACAAACACACACACCCAUGCCUGAGGGAGGACUCGAACCUCCGCCGGGACCAGCCGCUCAGUCCAUGACUGCAGCGCCUAGACCGCUCGGCUAAUCCCACACGGCUUCUGUUAUUUAAUGCUUCUUUCAUAUCUGGCAAUAAGUUGUCAGUUGCAGUUGCACUGGGGCUCAUAGCUCCAUGAAUUUGUAAUGCUUCCUACCUCCUCGCAACUGGCUGGGUGAGUUGGUUAAAAGGUCAGAGGAAGGCAAGGGCAUUCUACACUGAAUAAGACUGUUCCUAAGUAAAGUGCUGUCAUGUUCAAACCUAGUAAAGAUACUGAUUAUGCCCUUGCUGCUGGACUUCACUAAGUUCGUGGGCCUCGGGCAAAGCAGUAUUGAGCAAACACGAUGACACUAUUUGCUUUUCAUGUGUCUCAACUGAUUAGCUCAUAAUUUGACUAUAAAUGUUCCCUUACCUCUUUUAUUUUCAAUCUGACAAAUACAGGGAAAUAGCAAAAAGCAAAGUCCGUGAUAGAGAGGAAAGACUCGUGCAAUUUGGUUUUGCAGUGAAAUAAUUCUCAAUCCUUUUGAGCACUAUCUGAUAUUUUUUACGUGGUUUGCUCAAUGUUUCUAAUAUUUUUGAGUUAGGAAGAGGAUCGUUAAACUUUUGAACCAAGUGCUACGGCCAAAUAUCAUUUGAAAACCAGACUUCAGGGUUAUAAUGUAACUAUUGUACCAUUCUUAGCCCACUUUGUAGAGAAACUUACAAAUAAUUUAUCAUUGUGGUUCUGUUACUUUCAUGAUCAUUUAAUAAAGAGGUAUAAUCUGAUGUGAUAUUAGAUUAGUUGACUUCAGAUUUAUGGUAUUACACAUUUCUGUUGUCAAAGACCAUUAACUAUGUUUUAUGUGCAGCCAAGAAAAGCAAUACUUAAAACUUACUUUAAAUGGUAUACUGGUAUGUAAAAAAUCCUUCAGAGAAGGAAUUAGGGCACAGUGUCCUUUAUAUUUAUCAGAAUACUGGUUGAAUUUUUGUUAAGUUCCUGAAGCCUUCUAAUGAAGAAAUCUCUUUGCAAUCUGUUAAGUGUUUAAAAAUGAUAAUGCAGACAUAUUAUAUAUUGUAAUCAGAUUUUUGUGAGAGUAAAUCGAAGAAUAAUUUAGUCUAUAGGAAAAUGUGAGUCAUCGAAAAGCCAGAGCAGUUUAUAAGAGAUUUAACAAAUAUUUUUUUAGAAUAUAUAUAUACAUAUAUAUACACACACACAUGUGUAAUACAGUGACUUUAAAAAGACUAUAUUCACUUCUGUCUUGCUUUAAUAUUCAGUUUCAUAAAGUAAAAUAAAGUUUAUUAACUUUUUAAAGA